AUGCGUGAGCCGAUCCCCCCCGAGAAGCGAGUCGCAAUUGGCCUAUACAAGCUGUGCUCGUCGGCCGAAGAUCGAACUGUGGCAAACCUUUUCGGCGUUGGGCGCUCAACCGUCAACAUCAUGUACAGGCAGUUUUGCGAGGCAGUUGUCUCUGUGCUCGAAAGCAACUGGGUCAAGAUGAUUACUGCUGAGGAAAUGGCAAGGCACAUCCAGGAAUUCGAAGCUGUCUGCGGUUUCCGUCAAGGUGUCGGAGCCCUCGAUGGAUGCCACUUUCCCAUUUCGCCACCAAAGGAGCACGCCACAGACUACCAUAAUUAUAAAGGCUGGUACAGCAUCAUGCUGGCGCUUGUGGAUCACAAGUACCGCUUUAGGUAUGUCAACGUUGGUGCCCUUGGACGCUGCUACGACGCCCACGUGUUUGGCCUUUCAAAGCUGUCGAAGAUCAUUGACAGUCCGCUUUUUGAAACCCCGCUUGCCACAAUAGGCAGCAUAGCGGUACCACCAAGCUUUCGAGCUCUGGCGUGGGGAGAGAACGCAGGUGGCUCGGCAGCACGGGCAAACGGCGGCGGCGUUCUGGCCAGGCCGCUGGGUGUGGAACUCGGGCCCGUAGCCCGACUGGUCACAUUCUGCCUACGGGCGGAGAAGCUCGCCGACCUCGGGCAGCAGUUGACGAUCGGGCAGAGUGGCGACUCAAAGGAACGGGUGGGAAGGAGGUCCCGGUCAG